AUGCUUGGCACCGUUGCUAAGAUAGCACAUCCCGUCGAGUGGGAGGGCCAUCCGCAAUGGCAUAACAUCGAGCUGACGGAUGAUGCGGACGAGGCGAGGGACACGAAAAAGCGUAAAAGAAGCUCUAACCAAGCCAGUCGAGCACGAAACCUCGCUCUGAUCGCCGCACUCUGGUCAUUGGAACUUGUCUAUGAAUAUGGAUGGGAUCGGGCUGGACAGUGUCAAAUCCACGCGAUCCGAGCCUGCGCAGUCCGCUUCCCCGACUUUGUGCACGAUCUGCUCCCACAACUUAACAGCGUCUUACUCCAAAGACACCGCGAAGCAAUCGCUGAUGGACACUUGAAGACGCUCAACGAGGCCCCGCUGCAACCUCUCCGGGAUCUGGAUACUGGUAUACUAGACUCAGCGAUCCCAGACGAAGACGCCGAAGUCCAAUGGCUGACGAGUAUAACUGGCGAUGUGCCUGUGAACGCCAGCCGUACAAUGCUCCAUGAUGUACGCCCAUGCCACUUCCACAAGUAUUUGCUGUGCAAAGAUCGCUUCGGCAUGCUCAUCGUCCGAGGGGAGUUCGGACGGCCGCCAACUCCAGCAACCACUGAAGUCGCUUCAAGAAGUCCAUGCUCGAUUCAAGUUGCUCUCAAUCGAGGUAUUGAGCAGAUUACGCAUAUUUCUCCGAUGUCAUCAUUGAACGAACCUUUGCCCUCACAUCUCCUUGGUCACGCGCACAGCUUAUUCACAGCUUCCGUGACAGAUCUUUCUGCGUCAACCAGCAGUGCGUUCCCUACCAUUACUCAAUAUCUCGAGGUGCCGCACCAGGACGUCGAUGAGUCCUGGCGGAGUCCUGCCGACGACGGUCGCUGUGCACGUCCAGCGAGAGAGCGCUCACCUUCCGUGUCGUGUCACCUGAGUGCAGGGAUUCUGACACAUACGCAGGUCGGUCUCCCACCUGUUCCAGCUAGAGGCCCAGACGAAGGAGAUUUUACCAUUGCUUCCCCAAAGAUUUCCCCAGAUCACCAGCUGAGAAUGGAGGAAAUCCUCCACAACCAGUAUCAAACGCUGAUUGCCUCCUAUUUAUCUAUGCUCGAGAGCGGAAAAAGCCAGCACGAAGCCGGCGUGGAUUUCGAUUCGCGUCGACAGUGGCUGAAUCCUGCCACCAGUUGGGCCAAGAUUUUUACACUACCGAAUAGCAGGCUGACACGGGGCAAAGCACAAUCAGUAGCGAAUGCCGAUGUUCUUUAUUUUACCUCAGAUGAAUUUCUCAAUGCUGCUCAGGCCGGCGAAAUUUUCCUCAAGCCUGUCGUUAUCAAAGAACAAUUCUCCGACUCUGGAAUGCACACGGUAGAUGGGUUUAUCCGUCUUUUGCAGGACAAAGCAUGCGAAAGUGUCCAACGGAGAGAAUUUAAUGCCGACAUAUCGAUGCCCCACCGCCUGCGAAACAUUAUGGAUGCCCAUAGGCCUCUUUUGACUAUGCUCCCACGUUACCGGAUCCUCAAUACUCUCAAAGCCAAAGUCCAAAAUUCUGGCCGGAGCGACUCAAGCUUCAACGUUCUCAGCCUCUCCGGAUCCUUCCCGGGUCCACAACUCUGCAGCUCAAGCGGGACUUGGAUCCGAAAUCUCGAUGGCACACAAUUCUACACGAUUGUCGCGGAGUCCGCCAUGGAAUCCGAAUGGGCGAACUUUGUGCAGGCAGGCGUUGCGUGGGAUCCCAGCGGGAGGGAGAGACUCAUCGUCCUCGAAAGAGACGAUGUGCUCCUGAUACCGCCGGGUUCAAGAAUCGUCCAUGCCGUGCAAUCUCCGGUGGACUGUCUGGUAGACGUCGGGCGGAUUUGGGACGAGUUGGAUCUCCUCAAGACCUUACGGUCGAUUCGCUGGAUGCAGGGAUCUCAGACACCCGAUGACGAAUCGAUCCUGUGCCAGCUCCCGCUCAUUAUCGAAGAGCUCCUCGUGCUGGCGAAGGCCCAACCUGCCCGCUUCUGUGCCGAGCCUUCUUCCCAAGCGGAAUGGUUACUGAUGUUUGAGCAUGCUGUCUCGGACCUCAGAGCUUUGGGUUGCCGGUGUUUGUUGCAAAAUCGCGAGGGGUCGUGCGAUCGUCGGAGGAGGAACCGCCGGUGCACAAGUUGGUGCCCAGCGCAUGCGUCAAGCCGUUGA